UUCCACGGAUCACCUCUCGUGCUGCAGUAGUGUCGUACCCAUCUCACCGGUGACUGCGCGUUCUCAGCACGAUUCUUUGGCGGUAAAAAUGUCGAUCGGUGCGUUGGAAGACGCUAGCGUCGUUGACACUACCAGCACGGAUGCUGGAUACUUCAGCAGUACCGAGGAAGGCUCCUCCACCGUCCAACCAACGGUCGGACCGAGUGUGGAAGACAUUAGCCGAUCGCUACAGCGUUUCAACUGGCCCGACUAUCUCGUGUUCGUGAUGAUGCUGAUCAGCUGUAUCGUGAUCGGGAUCUUCUUCGGUUACCAGGAUCACCAGAAGCACAAGCGACAGAAGCAUGCACGGCGCGGUUCGGAAGCUUUGGAUUAUCUGGUCGGUGGACGCAAGAUGAAAAUAGUGCCAGUGGCUGUGUCGCUAGUGGCAAGCUGGAUCUCGGGCAUCUCACUCCUGGGCACGUCGACGGAAAUCUACGUGUACGGUGUGCAGUACUGCUACAUCAUUACGGCGGUCGCCAUUAUGACGUGCAUGAUGAACUACAUCUUCUUGCCAGUGUUCCACGAUCUGCAGAUCACGUCCGCGUACGAGUAUCUGCAAAUGAGGUUCGAUAAGAGAAUGCGUCUGCUGGGAUCGAUUCUGUUCACGUUAGCCAGUAUUCUUUGGCUACCGAUCGUGAUCUACGUGCCAGCGCUCGCAUUUAAUCAAGUGUCUGGAGUGAACAUCCACGUUAUUACUCCAAUUGUGUGUUUGGUCUGCAUUUUCUACACAAGCUUGGGUGGCCUGAAAGCCGUCGUCUGGACUGAUGUUAUCCAAACGGCCGUCAUGGUCGGAGCGAUGAUUAUCGUUAUCAUCAAGGGAACGGCAGAUGUCGGUGGGCUGAGUGUUGUCAUCGAGCGAAACAUGGCUGGCCAACGAUUCGAAGCACCAGACUUCAAUCUGGAUCCAACGGAACGGAACACCUUUUGGACACUGCUGAUCGGUGGCACGUUCUUCUGGACCUCGACCAACGCGAUCAAUCAGAACAUGAUGCAACGCUACCUUUCGCUCCCUUCACUGGGUGCCGCUCGUAAAGCGCUUGUCCUGUUCAUCUGCGGAACGGUGCUGCUACUGGCCAUGUGUUGCUACAAUGGACUACUCAUCUUCGCCAUGUACCACGACUGUGAUCCACUGACUACGGGGUUAGCGAAGGCGAAGGAUCAAUUGGUGCCACUGCUGGUGAUGGAGGUUCUCGGUGAAUAUCCGGGUCUGGCCGGAUUGUUUGUGGCGGGUAUCUUCAGUGCCGCUCUUAGCUCACUGUCGACGGCUCUCAACUCACUGUCCGCCAUCGUGCUGGAGGACUUUUGCAAACCGUUCGUCACGAAACCACUGACGGAGACUCAGACACGCUACAUCAUGCGCUUCACCGUGCUGGCAUUCGGUGCACUGGCCGUGAUGAUGGUGAUCGUCGUGGAGAAGAUGGGCGCCGUGUUGCAGUUAUCGAUGAGCUUGGGCCCGGUCACAAUCGGGCCACUGUUUGGCCUUUUUGUGAUGGGAUUUUUCUUCCCAAGGAUCAAUGGCACGUGUGCUAUCGUCGGGUCAGUAACAGGGCUGGUGCUGAUGGCCUACAUCGUGAUUCGAUCGCAAAUCUCGAUCGCACUGGGAGAGAUCGUGUUUGCGGAAAAGCCCGUGUCCGUGUCCGGUUGUCAGUAUGAGUUUACGGCCAAAAACGUUACCUUGCCCUUGGAUCCUGCUCCAGGCAGUGACGAAAAGUCGUUGCACCACGUGUCCUUCCUGUACUACUGUAUGAUCGGUUCGGUUGUACCGACGGUCGUCGCUUAUCUCUGCUCGUUCGUGUUACCCCGGACGAAAACCGAUGACAUCGAUCCGCUCCUGCUCGCUCCGUUCCUGCGUCGUUUCUAUCGGUCUCGAGCGGACUGCAAACAAGCGAACCACAUGACAGAGGUGAUGCACGAGUUCGAAACGAAAGACAUCCAACUGUAGGGAUGGUGUAGGGGUGGGGUGAUUUUGGGAGUCAGCGGAAGCAGCAGGAAGCUGCACAAUAUUGUACAAAAGUGAAACCCAUUAGCGUACGAGGAUAUUUCCAGUGUGUAGCUGGGGAAUCGACAAUAAAUGUAAGCUGCAAGAGUAUUU